AUGGCGCCGGUACCCAUUGAUCCGGACAUCGACUAUCUCGCGGUCGCGGCCGUUGGCAGCCACGCCACCAGUGUCGCCGUCCUGACAGCAUACGUCGCCCGAAGCCUGUAUCGGUCUUACACGUCGCUCUCGCCAGCCCAAGGAACGAGAGAAAGGCUCACGCGACGGUCGAUCCUCACACCGCUUUUCGCAGGCCUCGCGACCCUAAGUCUUGCUCUGGCAGGCUAUACAACCUCUAGAUAUGCGACCCUGUCUUACAAAGUCUGGGCCGAUCAGCGCGCUCUCGAGAUUCCCGCCAGAGUAUAUGGCGAGAAGGGCAUUCUUCCCUAUGACAACAACUCGACCCAUGUCUACGUUGCCCGGUGGCUGACCGACACGCCUGUCUACCUGGACGCCCUCGAGAUCGUGGCCGAGAAGGCGCGUCGCUACUGGUGGGGUCAGCAAGUUGAGCUCGCUACCAUAGCUUGGAGCCUGUUGCUGUCCAUCGAAGGCCGCAGGAGGAACAUCCCGUUUCUCUGGGCGUACCUUGCCCUGGCGCAUCUUGUCAACCUGUCUUUCGCCCAGAACUUGUUUUAUCUUGCGCUGCUUCUGACACCCACGCCGAUCGUCUCGGCGGGUGAGGGCCCCCCCACAUCGGCACUCGGCAGGCUUCGGAACCGCCUGUUCCCUCCCAAGCCGGCAGGUUGGACGCCGAGCGUGGCACUUCUCAUGGCAGCACUGACCCAGAGUUUCGGUGUGCUCUUCUGCGUUCCUGCCGUGGCAGGCAGCCCUGGCUUCCCUGCGCUGGCAGUCGCUGGGAAGGCGCUCACGUUUGCACCGCUGCUCAUCCCAGCUAUUGCGCCAGCCAGAUGGGGCACCGUCCAUGCGCCCCCUCGCGCUGGCUACGGUGACUUGACGGAGCUCUUCCGGUUUGUGUCCAUGGCUACUUUUGGCCUGCAAGCCAAGGCAACCGUCCUUGGCCUGAUCUACAACGCUCCAGAUGCCCACUACCAUCGCCACAGCAAGUUCCUUCCCUUUGACAAGGAGACACGCUCGACACUGGAGCAGACGACCAUGGCGUUCAGUAAGAUUCUUGGCUCUACGGCGGACCACCCUGUGGUGGCAGCUGCGGCAUGGGACGUGCUGCUGAGUGGCGUCAGCUUGGCUGUCUGGGCCGCCGUUCGACCGUUGGACAUCAACGACAUACUGGCGUGCGCGACACCAUUCUUUAAGAACAGAGUGCUGGACGCGGAUGCUGCCGUUCACGCUGCUGGUGACAUGGAUGAGCCGUCUGCCGUUGUUGUCCGCAGCAGUGGCCGUACCACGCGGCCAUCUGCGGCGAGCCUGUCGCCCGCCGCCGAGACGCCGGGUCCGAAACGCCGCGGACGGCCCCGCAAGAUCAAGACGGAGGCAAACGAUGUGGCCGACAGUGCCUACAUCCCUUCGCCCACCGAAAGCGCGGCCAUCAUUGCCGGGGACCAGGUUCCCCAGGAAGACCUGGACUGGGAGGCCACUGCGCUGACCUGGGGCCUCAACGCUCUGGGCGGGCUUGGGCUAGGAAGCUCUGGCGUGUUUGGAGCGGAGUGUAUUUCGCGAUGA